GGAAAUAACAACGGACAAUUUUAACAAAGGUCACACGAAGGGUUCGCGAUUUUCCUUUAGUGCAAACUUAUUUUCAAAACUGUGACAAUUUGUCCUGCGACUUGCUAAGGGAAAGAUGCAAAAUACUGGACAAAAAUUGCAAAUGCAAGUUUGGUUCGUCAAAAUGUAAACGACUUAAGUUCAUUUAUUUUAAAUACUAGUAUACCUAAAGGGUAGAAAUGUUGCCGUAGGCAAGGAAUAGUGAAGAGAUGGAAAAUUAGUAGAAGGUGAUAUGAGGCUAAGAUGGCUAUCCAAAAUCUUUGUGACCUAAAUUUAAAAAUUAUCGUCCUUUUGAUCGCGUUUAAGGUGACUAACUUAAUUAUGAGCGAGUUUUAGUAUUUUUCUAACGGGGUCGCGUCGCGUCAGAAUUCGAUUUUUGAUAUGUAUAAGUUCAAUCAUCCUCGCUUUCAACUGAAUGACUGAAAUUUAUUUUGAAGCUUUGAUUUGGCGAUACGAGCAAAUUAUUUUCUAACUAUGGUCUUCAGUCUUUCUGUUCGCACAAAAAUCGAGCAAUUUCCACGAAACUUAAAAUUCUUGAGUUUACGACUGUUUAUUUCAUCUGCCAAAUUUAAGGAAAUUUGUUCGACUGUGAUCUACGCUGCAAGAUAGGUUUGAGAAACGACAAUGAAAACACAACAUUAACUUGGCCAACCAUAUGCAUGUCACGAAUCAAACACCAAUUUAAACAAUUUUGGAGGGCAGUUAUGUUCAAUUUUUGAUAAAUAUAAUACAUAAAUUUGGGGCUCGUAGUUCUAAUGCUGCUUGUGUGAUUCCCUCUGAGGGGGGAACAGAGGGAAAAUUGCUUGGAAAAUAAUAAAGGCUGCGGCUAUAUGGCUGGUAGCCGGUCAAGAUUUUCAAAACACUAAAUGACCGGCAGUCCGAUAACUUUUUUCAAUAAUUUUGACAAAUCGAAGAAUCCCAGCUAGUCCAAACCAUCAUACGUCGAUUUAGAAUAGGCUGAGAUACUUAGUUUCUGAUCAACAAAUGUUGUCAAAGUGUAAGUUCCUUCAAUUUCUCUGCAAGUUGAUGAUUUUAUUCAAAUAUUGUAGCGUAAACCCCAACCCAAAAUUGAAGCUAACCGUCAACCCUAAUCACUUUUCUCAGGGUUUAACCCUAAUCAGUAUGGUUAGUGCUUAAAUUAGUAUUCUCAGUGCUUAACCCUAAUCACUAUAGUCAAAAUAUCGGAGCACGUGCAAAGUUGUUUGUUUUCUAAUUAGACCUUUUGUUUGUAUACUUUAACGAGAUUGCAAAUUAUUCAAAUUGCAGUUGAAAAUCAGUGUAAGAAGAAAGCAUGUGAUAAUCCACUGCGCACUCUAAAUCUCCCAUUCCAGCAUAGCCAUAAUUCCUUGCGAGUCUACCGCGCAUCCUAAAUCUUCCAUUCGCACUUAACCACAAUUCCUUGCGAGUCCAUUGCGCAUCCUAAAUCUUUGAGCCGCGCAUAACCACAAUUCCCUGCGUUUGGUAAGAAAAAGUGAGUGAAUGCCCCUUAAUGUAAUUUUUUGCCGAUUAGAGAGCUGCCUCGUUCGCUCGCUUCAGGCUCACUCCCUGCGGCAGCAAUAAUUAUUUCAUCUUUUCACAUUGACAAUACAUGUAUUCACACUGAAUCAGUGUACUAUUCAUACUAUUCACGGAGGCAUAAGUUUGGGAAAAUUAGCAUAACGUCAAAAGAGUAAAUGUUAUAAGCCGAAUUUUUGGCCGGUUUGUACGAUAGUAGGUUUGUCUUGAAAUUUCAAGGUGUUGCAGUGAAUCAAUCUCAAUGAAAGUUUCAGACAUUAUUGUAUGCAUUGUGAAGAUUAUUUGAUGAGGUUUAAAAAGAAUUCUGUCGAGCCUUUCUAUACAGAGAUACAGAAAAGCGCUAAAAGUCAAAAUUUAGAAGAAAGUUGCACUUAAAGAGGUGGUGAGAUAACGGGUUGGUUUUCAGGAUGGCAAGAAAGAAAAUACGCCAAAAUUUCCAAGCAGCAAAAUAUGAUAUUAAACAACUUUCUGAUGCUACUUAACACAUAACACGCUAAGACCAGACUAUUUUCAAUAGUCGGGAUAAAUUGUUUAAAAAAAAAGUUGUAAAUAAGUUAUUUACAACUUUUUAUUGAACAAUUUAUCCCGACUAUUGAAAAUAUAAGGUUUGUAAUAUAUUUACGUUUUAUUUGAAGUCAAAUAUACCAAAUUUUUUAUUUCUUACGGAGGUUAUUUGCUAAACACCACAAGUUCCUGGUGUCGGAUUUUCAGUAGGGAGCCUAAAUUGCUGAAAAUUCGGCUAUUAUGGAUUUCAUUUUUUUGUCUAUUGUUGUCAUGGUGAUAUCAAUUUUACUUAAAAAGUCCAACGUCAGUAAGUGUUGAAAAUUUCAUAGCCAUCAGACAAGGAUAAAACGACUUUUAAGGCGACUGAAAAAUAUCGGUCUGGUCUCCUCAAAAAACUGUAUCGAAACACCUUGAGUGAAACCCCAUACAGGGGACCCAAGAUUUGGUCCGGGAAAGACGUCCACAUGAUCUUAAAAUCUGUUACCUAUAUUGAAGGGACGCCUCUAUUUAAGGGAAAGGGACAGGUUUUCUUAGUCCUGAAACCUGGGUUUAACCUCCAUUCAGGGGACACCUUAGCGCUCAAAAUGUGACUGACCACAAAGAAGGUUGAUAUCUUUAAGUGUACACUAAUGACCAUGAUGGCAGCUUUCACAAACUGAACUAUCUCACUUGUAUCGAUAUACUGCACCUGUGUGAAUUCAACAUAUAAAGUCGCAUAGAUAAGUUAAUGACGAUUUUUUGUCUUGUCUUUGUUGAUUAAUUAUUAACCAACCUCAACCCAACCUCUAUUCAAGGUACAUCUCUAUUCAAGGGACACUUGCAAACAAAGACAUACAUUUGUUCGAGUCAAAUUUUCCUUUCCUGCAGGCGUCCCUCAAGCAGGUCAGAUUUGUUAAAAAAAAGGCCAAAGCAGGAUAUCUUCUCUGAGGGUUGUACCGUAAUUAAUAUGCAUCACCUCUUUUUUCACUCAAUUUUUCUUUGCACAAUUAUUUCAUGUGCUUAUUCGACCCCCCCCCCGCGCCCCAAAAGAGAACACCGUUCAGUAGCGUUUUGAAGCUACAAUAGCUAGGAUUGCGCGCCGUGAAUUUCUGUAAAAAAAAUCCCAAGAUUCGAAAGGCAAAGACGGCAGGGGGUAAUUCGGAAGUUGCAGAUUGGAACCUCAGUGUAAUUAGAGGUCAAGGGACUGGCAGACAAUUUUCGCUAUAUAACGAGUUUCGUUCUAUCGAGAUUCGUUUCCAUAUAUUUUACUAUAACCUGGGGUGAAGAAAGUCGUUAGUUACAUGAAGGAAUUCGUCAUACAGUGCUUCGUUAUAUCGAGGUUACACUCGUCUGUAGUAAACAACAAUUGAACGAUUCAAACCUUUAUAUCGGGGUAUCGAUAACUGAAUACUAUUCUGCAAUUCAUCGCUCUGUUCAAUAUUUUUUGCGUCUUAGCUUUUUGAAUAAGAAGCAGUUUCUUCCUUCCAAAAGUAAAUACUUAAGUAAGAAUAAAAUUAGUAUUAAAAUCACACUUUUCAUUGAUCUUUGAUAAGGAACUUAAACUAAUAUUUGUUAGUUAUCAGUAUAUUUUCUUAUCUGUAUGAAUUCGAAUUUUUGAAUGAAAUCUGUGCAUUGGUCAUAUUUUUCAUUUCUUAUUUUCCCAACAGGUUACAGCUGCGGGUAUUAUUAUGAUUCCCAGGCAUUCCUUUUCUCGCUGGUGAACAAGCCAGGAUGGGCACCUGUGAAACUGCCUCAGACAGGGACAUAUAGUUCUUACCGCUAUUCAAUAUACGACUGCUCGUCUUAUGGACCUAUUUUCGGAGGAGGCUGGGACAUUUCCAUUUACUACUACGCGUCAUCCAGUGACAAUUCCUAUACUAACCUUGGCUAUACUUACAGCCCACCAAGUGGGUACAGCUAUGGAAGCACCUUCACCCAGACAUUUCUGGCAGGCACUUAUCAGUUUACUCCCGACGAAGUAGAAAUAUUUUACGAAACAACCUAA